AAGUAAAACUGAAAAGUGUGUUGGGCUUGGCAGACAUUUGCACCCUUCUCGUUCAGAGUUGAUUUUGACGCUCUACUUUAACUGUACAUAGUGAUGGAUUAUAUGGGGCUUGAGCUGCAUCUACAUAAAGACUUUUUUAAUCUGUCUAUUUUAUGUUCAUCAGGGGACAGUGAAGGCUGUGCUAUUGGUUCCCAGGGACUCCGGGUCCCCACCCAGAAGUCCUAUUCCUCCAGUGAAACACUGAAGGCUUUUGACCAGCACCAAGACCAGACCAGGUUACUGUACGGGACAACCAAGGGACACAAGGACAUGGUUCACCAUGAAAAGGAUGAUUUUAACAGACAAGGUCAACACUUCAGUCUUCGUCAGCUGGGGAUCUGUGAGCCACCGUCUCGUCGCGGCCUGCCUUUCUGCCCUGAAAUGCCUCCACCCCACCGUGGUUUCUCAGUUGGUACAGCUCAGGAGCUAGACACUGAUAGUCAGGCAGUCAUGUCCCCAGAGCAUGCUAUGCAUCUGUGGGGCCGCGGAGGUCUGGGUAAAUCAUCCGGGAGGAGUUCCUGCCUGUCGAGCCGCUCCAACUCAGUGCUGACUCUAACUGACACUGAGCACGAGAACAAAUCGGACAGCGACAAUGGUUCUCCCAUGCCCUCCCCCUCCUGCCCAUCUGUCAUUGACCAAUCACAUCCACAGUCAGCUAAUCCCCACGACAACCCGCUGUUAGCCAACAUACCUGAGCCUAACUCAGAGGAAGAGGAGGAGGAAGAGGAGUAUGCUGCUCGGUUGUACUUAGCCGUAACAUAUGAGCAACCGUCCAAUCAUCACAACUCCAGCCUUCCUCCGGUACCACCGCCUCAUCGCCAACAACCCUCAGUAACAGCCCUUAGCCAAGCCCUGAGCGCCACACAUCACACUGGCCAAUCCCUGAACUCCACAAGGCAGCUAACCCCUCCUACUGGAAGCCCGGCCCCUGUGGCCGGCCAAUCACCAGCAGAGCUGCAGACCACGCCCCCCGAGAGCGUCCCGCUGCAAGACAGCUGGGUGCUUGGUAGCAAUGUACCUCUGGAAACAAGGCACUUCCUCUUUAAAACAGGCACCGGCACUACCCCCCUCUUCUCCACAGCUACUCCUGGCUACACUAUGGCAACAGGCUCAGUGUACUCCCCUCCUACCAGGCCGUUACCUAGGAAUACUCUAUCCCGCUCAGCCUUCAAGUUCAAGAAAUCCUCCAAGUACUGCUCAUGGAGGUGUACAGCCCUCAGUGCAGUAGGUCUGUCUGUACUGCUGUCUGUCAUGCUCUGUUACUGCAUCGCCAUGCACCUGUUUGGUCUAAACUGGCAGCUUCAGGAGAGUGAGGGAUACGGAGCCUUUGAAAAUGGAGGUGGAGGAAGAGACACAACACCCAACACAUUUAUAGUGUCUACAGACAACAGUAAGAUGCUUUUUCUAGAGAACAACACCAUAGACACAGGAGAGGUGGAUGUGGGGAGACGAGCCAUACAAGAUAUACCUGCAGGUGUGUUUUGGAGGUCCCAGCUGUAUAUCGACCAACCACAGUUCCUGAAAUUCAACAUUUCCGUCCAGAGAGAUGCUCUUGUUGGUGUGUAUGGACGCAAAGGCCUACCACCUUCACAUACACAGUAUGACUUUGUGGAACUGUUGGAUGGUAGUCGACUUAUUUCGAAAGACAAACGAGCACUGAGUGACACCGACGCAGCACACAUACGUCUAGCCGGUUCUUUCGAAGAAGAGUCUGAGGGAGGCCCCCGACAUAUCCGCUCCGUGAAUGUGCAUGAGGCUGGGUUCAUCCAGUACCUGGACACUGGAAUCUGGCACCUGGCGUUUUACAAUGAUGGACGAAACACAGAACAAGUCUCCUACAAUACCAUCAUCAUAGAGUCGAUCAUGGAGUGUCCUCACAAUUGUCAUGGAAACGGUGAAUGUCUCUCGGGGAUUUGCCACUGUUUCCCAGGAUUCCUGGGGCCCGACUGCUCUCGAGCGUCCUGCCCGGUGCUGUGCAGCGGUAACGGUCAGUACUCUCGUGGACGCUGCCAGUGCUACAGUGGUUGGAAAGGUACCGAGUGCGACGUGCCAGCCAACCAGUGUAUUGACAUCCACUGUGGAGGACAUGGUAUCUGCAUAAUGGGCGCCUGCAUCUGCAACACUGGUUAUAAGGGAGAGAACUGUGAGGAAGUGGACUGCAUUGACCCCAGCUGUUCGGCCCAUGGGGUGUGUAUUCAUGGCGAAUGUCACUGUCAGCCAGGCUGGGGUGGAGCCAGCUGUGAAAUCACCAAGGCCAUGUGUCCAGACCAGUGUUCAGGCCAUGGCACCUACAAUGCAGAGACCAGCACAUGUGCCUGCGACCAGAACUGGACUGGAGCUGACUGCUCUUUAGAGGUGUGUGAAGUGGACUGUGGCAGCCAUGGAGUGUGUUACGGCGGCGUAUGCCGCUGUGAGGAGGGCUGGACUGGAAGUGUGUGUGAUCAAAAGGCCUGCCACCCACUGUGCAGCAAGAACGGAGUUUGUAAAGACGGGAAGUGUGAGUGUGACCAGGGAUGGACAGGGGAGCACUGCAACAUUGCUCACAAUCCGGAUAUUAGAGUUAAAGGAUAUAAAGAGGGUUGUCCAGGUCUCUGCAAUAACAAUGGACGAUGCACCUUGGAGGCCAGCGGAUGGCACUGCAUCUGCCAGUCGGGAUGGAGAGGGGCGGGGUGCCACGUUGCCAUGGAAACACUAUGUACCGACAGCAAGGACAAUGAAGGAGAUGGCUUGGCUGACUGCAUGGAUCCAGACUGCUGUCUGCAGCCUUCCUGUCAGAAUCAGCUGUACUGCAAAGGGUCACCUGACCCAGGCGAGGUGCUCAGCCAGUCUCCAUCCUCGGUGCCUCCUCAACAGGCUGCCAGAUCUUUCUACCAGCGCAUUCACUUUCUAGUUGGGCCUGAAUCGACUCACAUAAUCAAUGGUGAAAAUCCUUUUAAUAAAAGCUUGGUGUCGAUAAUUCGAGGUCAGGUCCUGACAGCUGAUGGAACACCUCUGAUUGGAGUCAACGUGACAUUUGUUCACUAUCCUGAGCAUGGAUACACUAUAACACGCAAGGAUGGCAUGUUUGAUCUUCUGGCCAAUGGCGGGGCAUCCCUCACACUGAGCUUUGAGCGUGCUCCCUUCCUCACGCAGUACAGAACUGUUUGGGUGCCGUGGAAUGUCUUCUAUGUGAUGGACACGCUUGUGAUGAAGAAGGAGGAAAAUGACAUUCCCAGCUGUGACCUGAGUGGUUUCAUCAGACCGAGUCCUGUCAUUGUUGCUUCUCCUCUGUCUACAUUUUACAGAAGCUCACCUGAAGAUGGCCCCAUCAUACCUGAAACACAGGUUCUACAAGAACAGACAUCAAUACCUGGCAGUGAUCUAAACCUGAUCUACCUUAGCUCCAGAGCAGCAGGAUAUAAACCAGUGCUGAAAGUCACCAUGACGCAGACAUCAAUACCUUUCAAUUUGAUGAAGGUUCACCUGAUGGUGGCAGUGGUGGGCCGCCUCUUCCAAAAAUGGUUCCCUGCACAACCAAAUCUGUCAUACACAUUCAUCUGGGACAAGACAGAUGCCUAUGGCCAGCGUGUCUACGGACUAUCAGAGGCAGUCGUGUCCGUAGGUUUUGAAUACGAGUCCUGCCUGGAUCUCAUCCUGUGGGAGAAGAGGACGGCUAUUCUACAGGGCUAUGAGUUGGAUGCUUCUAACGUGGGAGGAUGGACACUGGAUAAGCAUCACAUCCUGGACGUACAGAAUGGGAUACUGUACAAAGGCAGCGGUGAGAAUGUCUUCAUUUCCCAGCAGCCACCUGUCAUCAACAGCAUCAUGGGAAACGGUCGUCGCCGCAGCAUCUCGUGCCCCAGCUGUAAUGGGCAGGCAGAGGGCAACAAGCUGCUGGCGCCCUUGGCUCUGGCAUGUGGAGCAGACGGCAGCAUUUUCGUUGGCGACUUCAACUACAUCAGAAGAAUCUUUCCCUCUGGGAAUGUUACCAGUGUCAUGGAGCUAAGAAACAAAGAUUUCAGGCAUAGCAACAACCCUGCUCACCGGUACUACUUAGCCACUGACCCAGUCACAGGGCAGCUGUAUGUGUCCGACACUAACUCACGACGGAUUUACCGCCCCAAAGUGCUCAGCGGUGCCCGUGACCUCAUCAGUAAUGGAGAAGUAGUGGCUGGUACAGGUGAGCAGUGUCCUCCAUUUGAUGAAGCGCGUUGUGGAGAUGGAAGAAAAGCUACAGAGGCCCAGCUACUGGGACCAAAAGGAAUUGCAGUUGAUAAAAACGGACUGAUCUACUUUGUGGAUGGAACUAUGAUUAGGAAAGUGGAUCGUAACGGGAUCAUCUCCACAGUGUUGGGCAGCAAUGAUCUGACCUCUGCACGACCUUUGACCUGUGACACCAGCAUGCACAUAAGACAGGUGCGGUUAGAGUGGCCCACAGAUCUAGCCAUCAAUCCCAUGGAUAACUCUAUCUAUGUGCUGGACAACAAUGUUGUGCUGCAGAUCACUGAAAAUAGACAGGUUCGUAUUGUGGCAGGUCGUCCCAUGCACUGCCAGGUGCCUGGUAUAGAGUACACCAUGGGAAAGAGGGCGGUUCAGACCAUGCUAGAGGGUGCUACAGCCAUCGCCUUAUCCUACAGUGGCGUUCUCUACAUCGCAGAGACGGAUGAGAAGAAAAUCCACCGUAUUCGACAGGUGUCGACUGAUGGAGAAAUUACCCAUCUAGCUGGAGCGCUAUCUGACUGUGACUGCAAGAAUGAUGCAAACUGCGACUGCUAUCAAACGGGAGAUGGCUAUUCCAAAGAUGCCAGGCUUAAUUGUCCUUCCUCUCUGGUUGUGUCUCCGGAUGGGACGCUGUAUGUGGCUGAUCUGGGAAACAUCCGCAUUCGAGCCGUGCGACGCAACCAACCACCUACGGGCUCUCUGGCUUCAGGUCCCAGUUCCUAUGAAGUGGCCUGUCCAGCCUCUCAAGAGCUCUACGUGUUUGAUGCAAAUGGGACUCACCAGUUCACCAUGUCUCUGGUCACUGGAGACUACAAAUACAACUUCAGCUACAGCAAUGAGGAGGAUGUGACUGCGGUGACGGACAGCAGUGGAAACACGCUCCGCGUGCGCAGAGACACUAACAGGAUGCCUGUACGUGUGGUUGCUCCCGACAAUCAGGUCAUUUGGCUGACCAUUGGGACUAAUGGAGGUCUGAAGACUCUCACAGCUCAGGGCCAGGAACUGGUCUUGUUUACUUACCAUGGGAACAGUGGCUUGUUGGCUACCAAGAGUAUCCAAAUUGGCUGGACUACCUUCUAUGACUAUGACAGUGAGGGUCGUUUGACUAAUGUGACCUUCCCCACUGGGGUGGUAACCAGUCUCCAUGGCGACAUGUCGUCAGGGGCUGUUGCUGUGGACAUUGAGACGUCAGGGAGGGAUGAGGACGUUGCCAUAACAACCAACCUAUCAUCAAUAGACUCCUUCUACACUCUGGUGCAAGACCAGCUUCGUAACAGCUACCAGGUGGGGAACGACCACUCACUGAGGGUGAUCUAUGCGAACGGGAUGGACACGCACUACCAGACAGAGCCUCAUAUUCUGGCAGGUGCUGCUAACCCAACUGUUGCGCGACGUAACAUGACUCUGCCGGGAGAGAACGGCCAAAACCUGGUGGAGUGGAGGUUCAGGAAGGAGCAGACGAGAGGAAAAGUCAUCGUCUUUGGAAGAAAACUCAGAGUGAAUGGGAGGAAUUUGCUGUCUGUGGAUUAUGAUCGUACACUGCGAACUGAGAAAAUCUAUGAUGACCACAGGAAGUUCCUGCUGAAGAUCAUCUAUGAUACCCAAGGCCAUCCAACACUCUGGGUUCCCAGCAGCAAGCUGCUGUCGGUUAACCUAACGUACUCCAGUUCGGGUCAGGUGACAGGUCUCCAGAGGGGUCCGACCACAGAGAGAUGGGAGUACGACAGUCAGGGACGAAUCAUUUCCAGAGUCUUCGCUGAUGGAAAGAUGUGGAGUUACACGUAUCUGGACAAGUCCAUGGUGCUGCUGCUGCACAGCCAGCACCAGUACAUCUUUGACUAUGACUCCGUGGACCGCCUGUCAGCAGUCACCAUGCCCAGCGUGGCCCGACACACCAUGCAGACCAUCCGAUCCAUAGGAUAUUACAGGAACAUCUACACCCCACCAGAAAGCAACGCGUCUGUUACUGUGGAUUAUUCUGAAGAUGGACAGCUCCUGAGGGUGGCUCAUCUAGGCACUGGCCGGCGUAUACUGUACAAAUACCGCAGACAGAACAAGCUGGCAGAAAUCCUUUAUGACUCGACCAGGGUCAGCUUCACAUAUGACGAGACUGCUGGUGUGCUUAAGACUGUCAACCUGCAGAGCGAAGGCUUCAUCUGCUCCAUCCGGUACCGCCAAAUUGGCCCACUGGUUGACCGGCAAAUAUUCCGCUUCAGCGAGGACGGGAUGGUGAACGCGCGCUAUAUCAACAUCUGGUUGGUCACAUUUGGCUUUCAUCUCCAUAAUGCCAUCCCAGGAUUCCCUAUUCCGAAAUUUGACCUGAUACAGCCAUCACUGGAGAUGAAAAAGAGCCAGCUGUGGGAUGACCUGCCCUCUAUCUCAGGCGUCCAGCAGGAAGUGACCCGUCAGUCUCAGGCCUUUCUGUCGUUUGAGCGCAUGCCAGAAAUUCAGCUCAGUCGGCGACAUUCAGACCACAACAAGCCUUGGCUGUGGUUUGCCACUGUCAAGUCUCUGAUAGGAAAGGGAGUGAUGCUCGCCGUGAUCCAAGGUCGCGUUGUGACCAGUGCUCUAAACAUCGCCAACGAGGACUGCAUCAAGGUGGCUGCUGUCCUAAAUAAUGCCUUUUACCUUGAGGGCUUGCAUUUCACAGUGGAGGGAAGAGACACGCACUACUUCAUCAAGACCAGCCUGCCUGAGAAUGACCUCAGCGCACUGCGGCUCACCUCGGGGAGGAAGUCACUAGAAAAUGGAGUAAACGUCACAGUAUCCCAGUCCACAACAGUCAUGAACGGGAGAACGCGGCGUUUUGCUGAUGUGGAGCUCCAGUACGGCGCCCUGACACUUCACGUGCGUUACGGGACGACGCUGGAUGAGGAGAAAGCGCGAAUCCUGGAACAAGCAAGGCAGAGGGCGCUGUCGAGUGCCUGGGCGCGCGAACAACAGCGAGUGAGAGACGGGGAAGAAGGAGUACGGCUAUGGACGGAGGGAGAAAAGAGGCAGCUACUAAGCAGCGGGAAGGUUUUGGGUUAUGAUGGAUACUACGUACUGUCUAUAGAGCAGUACCCCGAGCUAGCCGACAGCGCUAACAACAUCCAGUUCCUACGGCAGAGUGAGAUAGGGAGGAGGUAACACGGCAUUAACAGAAUCCAAUGAUCCCGCCCACUGACUGUCAGAGACUAACAAAAGCUUUUCAAACAUGGAUGUCACAGACUGAAACCAAGCCACUGAAGAGAUCCCGCGAUCCCUUUUUUUGGGAUCAAAAUGUUAAAAUGGGAUUUCUAGACUGAUGAUGUAACAAUCACUUCAGUGCAGCUGACCUGAAACACGGCUGCAGUUUGAUGGUCUGCAAACCCGGAUAAAGGUUCCUUUUUUCAGUUGUGUUCUUUUUCUCUAUCUCGCUUUCUCUUUUUUUCACCCGGUCGUCUGCCUUCGAACAGCUUGCACGCAUGACCCCCCAUCCCCGCCGCCUUUCGUGAAAGGUGGGGGCUAUAACCCGACUGCUAUAUUUGUGUGCUAGCUAGCUAUCAAACAGUGGGAUGUAGAGACUCGUUCAAGCGGCCGACUGAGGACUUUACAGUUACAUGAGCUUGCAAGCGUUUCAACAGCUGGUAACUGUCAGUGUAAUCGCCAUCUGUGCAUCCCUAAGAGAUGUUGCAGGUGUCGUAUCUCUGUUUGGAGCCACGUCUGUAGGCUCUGUCGUGUCCAUGGCUGAAGCAACUGAGUGGAACCACCGUCGUGGACUCUCUAAGAAGGACAGGCACAAAAAUUCAACUUUGUAUGAAAGCUGAAAAAAAUAAACUGAUUUUCUCUUUGAGUUUUUUUCUUUAUAUAAACUUGCUGUUGCUUCAGACAAAAAGGGUAUAUGAAAAUUAACAAAAACAUUUUUACAUAGUAUUACUUAUACCACUAUUACUACUUUUACUGCACCAUCACCACUGGAAUGGACCAUUAUAUGACCUGAACAAAGACAAACUUUGAUUUGUGUUUUUACUUAAAAGCCACUUCUUCCCAUUCUGUGCUCUAACAAGUUCUACAAAUUUAGAGAGACCACAGUCAAACUGACGUAUGUGAAGAACCAGGGCGACUGUAGGGCCACCGUUGUGUUUGCGUGGAUGUACAUUGGUCCUAUAAACCCCUGGUACCCUGGCUGCCCAGGUGUUAUUCACUUUUACAAAAUGUGACUCGGCCUCAUAACAAAUAGACUUGUGCUUUUCUCAGUCACAGGUAGUAGUAUUGCUUGCAAUAGAAACAUGUUAUCAUGGCUUUGGGUGGGAGGGGUGGGGGACAGGAUUGCUGUGAGUAGUAACAAAUCGUUGCUUCUCCCUUUAUUUUUGCUUGUUUAUCUUUAAAGGGACAGUGCAUUGCCAUCAGUGACAUUAACGAGUAACAGUAAUAGAUCAAAGAUCAAUGUGGAUGUUUACUCAUUGAUUGUGGGUCUCUGUACUCCUUUAGAGUUUCCAUUGUGCGUAUGUGUGUUUAUAAGGUUGAAAAGUAACUUUAGUCAUUUGGAAGGAAAGAGCAGGAACUUUCCACAGAGAGUUAACCUCAUAUGCUACCGAUCUUUUUUUCAACGACAGUUAUGACAAGUUGACAAUGUUUUAUGGUUUAUCUUUUUCUUUAUUUCGGAGGUUGGUGAAUUCCACUUAUACGUACAUCAAUAUUAGUCUCAGAGAAAGUAAUUUAUGUACAGUGUUUCUACAGUAAAGAAUAAAAUACAUUGAAACUAA